AUGGUAGACGUGGCACCUGCUCCCCUUCCUAUAGGCAUGGCACGCCCUCUGCCUGAUCAGAUUCCGGAGAAUGCACCUGAGCACUGCCCUGGUGUUGAGUCCGAGGCCGCUGGGCAUGCGAACGCCUGUCAAGGAUGCCCGAAUCAGAAUCACUGCCAAACAGCACCCAAGGGCCCCGACCCUGAUCUGCCCGUGAUUCGAGAACGCAUGCAGUGCAUUGGCUCCAAGAUCUUAAUUAUGAGUGGCAAAGGUGGUGUUGGAAAAAGCACCUUCACAUCGCAGCUGGCAUGGGCUUGUGCCAGUGACCCAGAUGCACAGACGGCGGUACUCGACAUUGACGUGUGUGGCCCAUCGAUCCCCACGAUCCUGGGUCUUCGGAACCAGUACGUCCAUGCAUCAUCUUCAGGAUGGACUCCUGCGUUCGUAACGGACAAUCUUUCGUGCAUGUCGGUGGAAUUUCUGCUGCCGUCAACUGAGGCAGCCAUUAUUUGGCGCGGCCCCAAAAAGAAUGGUCUAAUUAAACAGUUCCUCAAGGAUGUCGACUGGGCUGGUGGUAUGGAUGCACCUUCUACGACGGACAAGACCCUCAUUGACUACCUUCUUGUGGAUACUCCGCCAGGUACAUCGGAUGAGCACCUAUCUAUCGUGGGCUAUUUGCGUGAAUCUGGUAUUGAUGGUGCUGUUAUCAUCACGACACCACAAGAAGUAUCGCUUCAAGAUGUCCGAAAAGAAAUUUCAUUCUGCCAUAAGAUGAAAGUGCCUAUUAUUGGCAUCGUUGAGAACAUGGCUGGCUUCGUAUGUCCUUCAUGUCAUGGUCGCUCUGAUAUCUUUUACCCUUCCACGGGUGGUGCUAAAGCCCUCUGUGAAGAGUUACAUCUUCCAUUCCUUGGCAGUGUCCCGAUUGAUCCGCGCAUUGCGAGGUGCUGCGAUAUGGGGGAGAGCUUUGUCGAAGAAUAUCCUGACAGUCCCGCGAGUGAAGCGUAUUUAGCCAUUAUCGACAACAUCAAAAAGCAAGUGGCAAAACAUUAA